GCUGCUCCCACAACUGUCACCACUCUCAAUUUGCUUUUUGAACGAAACGGACGCACUUAAAAUAGAUUAUGGCGAGGGCCGGAAUUCAGAUGCUGCUACUUGUUGCGGCGGUGGUGAUAAGUGCGGCCAGUGGCUCCAGCAUUCCGGAAGAGGUGCCCUACAAUCCCCUCGAGCUCGACUCGCUCCAUGGCAAGCACUUCGAUGGGGGCGAGCACAAUGCCCAGUUCGACCACGAAGCCUUCCUGGGUCCCGAUGAGUCCAAGAAGUUUGACAACCUGACGCCGGAGGAGAGCAGGCGGAGAUUGGGUCUGAUUGUGGACCGCAUCGAUGAGAACAAGGACGGAUUCGUCACCUUGCCGGAGCUGAAGAACUGGAUUGCCUACACCCAGAGGCGCUACAUCGACGAGGAUGUAGGCCGCCUCUGGAAAGAGCACAAUCCGGAGAAGAAUGAAACCAUCAGUUGGGAGUCCUACAGGAAGACUGUCUACGGAUUCAUGGAUGACUUGAGCAACGAGGAGAAGGAAAAGGAGGAAAAUGGAAUCAGCUACAAGAGUCUGCUGAAGCGUGAUCGUAACCGCUGGGCGGCAGCCGAUCUGGAUUUGGAUGACAAGCUGACCCGGGAAGAGUUCACCGCCUUCCUGCAUCCCGAGGAUCAUCCCAAAAUGAAAUAUGUAGUGCUGACCGAGACCAUCAACGAUCUGGACAAGGACAAGGAUGGCAAGAUCUCGGUGGACGAGUACAUUGGUGACAUGUACCGCGCGGCGGAGCCCGGAGACGAGGAGCCCGAAUGGGUGGCCAACGAAAGGGAGGCGUUCUCAAAUCAUCGCGACCUGGACAAGGAUGGCUACUUGAACGAGGAGGAAGUGAAGCAGUGGAUUGCGCCCCACGACUUCGAUCACUCGGAGAGCGAGGCCAAGCACCUGCUGUUCGAGGCCGAUGUGGACCACGAUGAUCAGUUGACCAAGGCAGAGAUAUUGGACAAGUACGAUGUUUUCGUUGGCUCUCAAGCCACCGAUUUCGGCGAGGCCCUAGCACGCCACGAUGAGUUCUAGAGUCUAAGUGCAAAGGACCAAAUACCCAGCAUCCCAGAGAUUAAGAAUGAAUCUUUAACGAAUCUCCCAUUUCGCAUGCCAAAUAACUUGUAAAACCUGCCUAGAUCUUAAGACCAUUGAAAGUUCAUUAUAAAGCGACUCGAAUGAAGGGGCCAUAAACUAUGGCACCACGACUAA